UUUUUUUUCUACCUUAAUGUAACAUAUUAUUAGCUGGAAUAGUUGUAAUUCGUACACCACAGUGAACUGAAAGAUCUCCGAGAAGACAGAAUGUCCACCUUGCAGUCCAGGCUCAGCAGAAGCCAGCAGGAAACAAUCUUGUCUCACCUCGGACAUGUGAAGCUCACGUUGCUGUACAAGGCCAGUGUUCACGGCUUCACAGCUGCAGCAUUCCACCAGCGGUGUGACUACCACUGUCCCACACUGUCAGUAGGCUAUAACGCCUCUGGUUAUGUGUUUGGAGGCUACACCACUCAAGCCUUUAAUCAGACGGGACAGUACGUUUACGAUGAUCAGGCCUUUCUUUUCACCUUGAGUGGAAAAGACAUCCUGACAUAUAAGACCCUGAGUCCUAAUUAUGCAAUGUACAUGACAAAUAACUGUGGUCCAAAUUUUGGUGCAGCGUUCGUGCUGAUUAAUGAAGGCCAACCUCAAGUCUACAGCAAGCCAGGAACAUAUUACAGUUUCCCUACUGCAGAAAUGCAUGGCAACGACUUCAAGCUGACUGAAUGCGAAGUCUACCAAGUUGAAAAAAGCACAGACUUUGAGAAACCAUGGAGGGUUGUAGUCUGGAAAAAUGAGAAGAAGCAAGAGAUGCUAGAAACUAUUAAGAGCUACAGUCCUGCAGUUUCAAGUGUGUCCCAGGUUCGGGUUCUGCUCAUUGGACCAGUUGGGGCUGGCAAAUCCAGUUUCUUCAAUUCCAUCAACUCUGUGUUCAGAGGUCACAUCACCAGCCAGGCCAUUGCUGGCAGCUCAACCAGCAGCCUCACCACACAGUUUCGCACCUACUCUGUGAAAGCUGGGAGAGAAGGAAAGCCUCUGCCAAUCAUCUUUUGUGACACCAUGGGAUUGGAGGAGAGCACAGAGGCGGGGCUGGAUGUAGAUGACAUUUCCACCAUUCUCAGAGGUCACACACCAAACCUUUACCAGUUCAACCCAUCUGUUCCUCUGCAUCCGGAAUCUCUGGGUUAUUGUAAAUCUCCAGGUCUCAAGGACCGGAUACACUGUGUGGUUUAUGUCAUUGAUGCCUGCAAGAUCUCCAUCAUGCCCUCUAAGUUAGAGGAGAAGCUGAACGCUGUUCGAAGAAAGGUCAACAGAAUAGGAAUUCCUCAGAUGGUCCUACUAACUAAAGUUGAUGCAGCCUGUCCUCUUGUCUCAGAGGACAUCAGAAAUAUCUAUAGGAGUGGCUACAUCAAGGACUUGAUGAAGGAGAUCAGCGCUCGGCUCGGUGUGCCACUGUCCUGUGUAGUUCCGGUGAAGAACUACCACGAGGAGUUGGAGUUGGACUUGAGCUGUGACAUCCUGCUGCUCAGCGCCAUCAUUCAGAUGCUUCGAUUUGUUGAUAAUCACUUUGAUGAUAUCAGCGACCGCCUGGACAAGCUUGAGACCAAAUAAUUACAACCACAAAUGUCAAAGCGUGACCAAGUCUGCUUAUGGAGUGUAUUUACCAGUUUCACCUCAUUUCCAUCUUAUUUUAUGAGGGAUUUCUUUAAAUGAUAAGGCCCCAUAUAAACAAAACAAAAAAAUACACUUUUCUUCAUGUUGAGUUUGAUGAAGUGCUAACAUCAGCGGCUUUGCUAUUUGCUAGCCUCGACUCCUGGCGAGUUUUGGUUUUUGAUGUGACCUUGUCCUACAGAAUAGUAGCCCUGCUUCACUGAACACUUUUGCUCAAGGGCCAUCAACCCUAUUUCUGGAUAUAUCACCUGUUCCGCAGGUUUUCCAACUCUCCUUGUACCACCCACUGCUAAUGAACCAAGGUGUGCUCAUCCAAUCAAGACCUAGUAAACACCAGACGUGACUAACAGACAAUGUGCACUGACGUCACACGCAACACAUGGUUAUGUUUACACAGCCAUAAUGGACGGCAAGCACUGUAUACACCACAGUAUGGCUGAUGCCGGAUUGUCAGUGGACAGCAGUUAUUUUGUCCGAUAUACCAAAAGCACUCAGUCCUGAUCAGACAAGAUAUUUAGAGAAAAUACAGACAAUCAGUGUUGAUCCCUACAAUAUUUCCCUUGAGAAGUUCGCCAGUUUUAGUGAUUUCGAGUCAGAGCUCUAUUGAGCUGAGUAUUCCAUUAACUUUAACUAGUAAUGACUUCAUGACUUUCUUUGCUAACAAAAUUUUAACUAUUAGAGAA